ACUUUUCUUAUUAUUCCUAAUGAGUUAACGGACCUCUUGCUUGCAAAACAAGAAAAAAGGAACUAGAGAGAACUAAAUAUUCUAGGAUAGGGUCAACAUAAUAACUAUUGCUCUCUUCUUGACUCGAUUAGCUGCCAAAAUAGCUGAUCAUUGAUCCUACUCAGGGACAUGCAGUGCAAUAUCAAACUCCAAAACUAGCAUGUAUGCAUAUACUCCAUCAACUUUCUGUUCCCACUAACUCUUAUACAAAGUCCCAGUUUUAUGUGAUGAAGAAGUGUUUCCAUUGGUCUUUGAGUUUGUUGAAAAAUCCUCUUGUUUCGUUCAAUCCAGAUGUUGUGUAUAACUGUUGCAAAACUGUCGUUUAAGAUGAUACCCCUUGCUUGUUUACCCCUUGAAUUUUUAUCCACCCAUUUCCACUCAUCUUUCCAUUCGAGUAUGCCUCUGUGACAUGUUUGCAAUGCUAGUAUUGAUGUCCAUAAUGCUUUGGCAUAGGGGCAUUAAAAAGAUAAAUGAUCCUCAAUGUGCCUUGCAUUUGUACCCAUAGUAUAAAUAUAUGUUUUCCUUCAGCACAAGUAUGACAUACCUCAUUUCGUCAUUCAUGUCUAUUCGUCUUAGCCCUGAUGCGGUGAUUCAAUCCGACAUUUCAUUUCUCCCUUCAUCAUUUAAUUUUUCGCAUCUAAGAGCUGAUCUUGCAAAAGUAGCACAGUGCGAUGACAAGCGAUUUGUGAUCAAUAAAAAGUACCGCCUUUGAGAUCAGAAAUUUACAUCUAUGGAUCAGUUUUUCGGUGUCUUCCCAAGUCAGCCAGAAUUUCCUCAUAUGCAAUAUCUUGUAUUGGAACUUUCAUAGUCCCAUUAAGCUGACUUCCAAUGUAGUAUGUAUGAAUCCAUGUUAUUCCGUAGUUUGUCCUUCUUCAAACUCAAAACCCAAAGUAGUUUGCUUAAGGUUGCAGUAUUCCAUAUCUUUAGAUUCAACAGGUUCAUCCCACAGGCACCUUUAGGGAGACAUACCUUCUUUCAAGAUGCGAAGGCCUUCCUGGAAAUGGACGAUUCUCUCUAUUAGUUUCAUAACCUUCUUUGACAGUAAGAACAUUUGGGCCCAAUAAGCAUGUACACCAAUUAAGACUGCUUUGAUAAGUUGGAUUCUCCCUGCAUAUGAUAGCUAGACUCUUAACCAUCCAUGUGGUUAAUUUCUGAUAAGGCAAUCACUGAUCAGAAAAGUAAAGCUGACAAUUAACCAUCAUACUAGGAAAUCCAAUCUCCUUUAACAUUUUCUCAAUGAAGUGCCAUUCAAUUGAAUCAUAUUUUUUCGGUAGGGUCCACCUUUAUCAUACAUCUAGAGUAUCAUUUCACUAUUUCAUAGCUUAGGAUUUAAAUGUUAUCUGAAAUAAGCCUACAAGGAAUAAAAGCUAAUUGACUUUGGCCAAUUACCCCAUCUAAACGACCUCAAUUUCAACUUGAUAAGAUCUUAGAAAUAACUUUGUACACUGUUGUGCAACAAGCUAUAGGCCUAAAAUCUCUUACACCUUCAGGAUGGGGAGUUUUAGGUAUCACGGUAACCACAGUGCUAUUCACAGCUUUAAGGAACCUGUUAUGCUGAUUAUAUCCCAUGUUUUCUUAUAAAAAGUAUGCUUUAAAUUCAUCAAUACCUGGUGCCUUAUUGUCAUCAAUGGCAAAGAGUGCAAUCCUGGCCUCUUCUCUAGUGUCCAGCAAGCAAAUUGCCCUUUGUUGGUAUAGAUCAAUUCUGAAGUCCUGUCUCAUGAUAGAUAAGUCUAUACUAGCAAUUUGUCUGCUGAUGUACCCAUCAAAGCCUUUGUAAAAAGUUUGUUUGAACGUCCGUAGACUUGUGUUUUGCUUAAAAUUAUUUCUAUAUAUUUGUGUGUAUAUAUACAAGUUAGGGGAAUGUUUUAUAUACAAAUUUAAUGGUGACAGACAAUGGCACAUGAAGCUCAACAUGGUUUUGCUUUCUCUGUUGCUAUGAACUAUUUCAAACAAUAAAUUUGUUUAAGAACAAUAUUAGGCCCCAUAUCAACAUGUCCAAGAUGAAAAUCUAUAGUUCACCUAUCUACAUGACAAAGAAAAGAGCGGAACAUGGUUUUGCUUCUUACCAGCAAUUGUUCAUUUAAUGGUUUCGAAUUAUUGGCGUUGAGAGAAGAAAGCAACAAACUUCUCAUCUUUUAAUUUCAAACUAGCUGCAUUCACAAAAUUUAGGCCCCAUAUCAGCAUGGCCAACAAGCAUAGGCACACGGCUUUGCCUUCGGUGGUUAGUCAUGACAAAAACGUCAGCUCCAACCCAAGGCCUGUCUAUAUACUCCUUAUAUAAAUAGUCUCCCAUUCAUGAUCUUUUUUCAUCAUCAAGAACAAGAAUUAUCAAUUUAGCCAUCAAAUAUUUCUUAAUAUCUCAUUUAUUUUCUUGUUUCCAGUCAUCCAAAAAAAGAAAUGGCAAUGCUCAGCGCCAAGAAACUCAUCAAGAUGGCCAGGAGAUGGCAGAAGUUUGCUGCCAUGCAGAGGAAGAGAAUUUCAUUUCCAAGAAAUGGUAGUGAUGCAGACAGUUGCAGUACUUCCUCAUCCUCUAUAGUUGAGAAAGGCCAUUUUGUAGUUUACACAGCUGAUCAAGCCCGCUUUGUCGUUCCAUUGGCUUACCUAGAAAAUGAAGUCAUUAGAGAACUUUUAAGCAUGUCUGAAGAAGAGUUUGGGUUGCCAAGUGGUGGCCCUAUUACAUUACCCUGUGAUUCAGCCUUCAUGAGUUACAUUAUUUCACUAAUCAAGAGAGGUAUAACUGCUGGAGAUCUUCACAAAGCACUACUCCUCUCAAUUCCUUCAGGCUAUUGUUCAACUUCUUCUUUGCACCAAGAAAGUGGAAGCCGACAGAUUCUUGUUUGUUGAGUCAAGGCCAACUUUCUUUUUGUAAAUGUUAGAUCAAAAAUAGUUUUUAGAGAGGCGUACAUUGAAGAGUACACAAUUGUAAAGCACAUCAUAAAAAUUUAAUACCACUUCAUUUGAAAAUUCACCAUAUUCAUGGCUUUCAUUUUUCGAAUUGGUUAUGAUCCCAACAAUCUAAUGUUGGAUUUUUUUA